UAGAGGGCAGGAUGGUUAUUAAACUGGAACUGCGCGUUUGACAGUCGUUGGAGAGGCUUUAUUCCUGAGCGUCUGCAGUGACAUGCCCAAAUAAUGUUGCCGCGUAAAAGCAUCAUUCCUGAGGAGUUCGCGCUACCGGCGCUCGUCUCGCGGAUUCCCCGCAAGCCCGUGUUCAGGGACCGGGUGAACAAAGCGCGCUUCAUCGCCAAGAGUGGCGCGUGUAACCUGGCCCACAAGAACAUCCGCGAGCAGGGCAGAUUCCUGCAGGACGUCUUCACUACUCUGGUGGAUCUCAAAUGGCGUUUCACGCUGGUUAUUUUCACCAUGACGUUCCUGUGCAGCUGGCUGCUGUUCGCUAUGGGUUGGUGGCUGGUGGCGUUUGCGCACGGGGAUCUGAACACAAACAGUAAACCUGUCGUAGACCAAUGUGUCACCAAUGUCAACUCUUUCACCUCUGCCUUCCUCUUCUCCAUCGAGGUGCAGGUGACGAUAGGUUUCGGAGGGCGUAUGAUAACGGAGCAGUGUACGGCAGCCAUCACCAUGCUCAUAUUACAGAACAUCAUCGGCCUGAUAAUAAACGCCGUCAUGCUGGGCUGCAUCUUCAUGAAGACGGCCCAGUCCCACCGGCGCGCCGAGACCCUCAUCUUCAGCCGGUAUGCCGUCAUCGCCGUACGCAACAACCGCCUGUGCUUCAUGAUCCGGGUGGGAGACCUGCGCAAAAGCAUGAUCAUCAAUGCCGCCGUGCGCCUCCAGGUGGUCCGAAAGACCACCACGCCGGAGGGCGAGAUCAUACCCAUCCACCAGAUCGACGUCCAGACCGAGAGCGUGGUGGCCAGCAACAGCAUCUUCCUGUUAGCGCCUCUCAUCAUCUGUCACGUCAUCGAUAAGGACAGUCCCCUGUACGAUCUCUCAGCGAUGGAGCUUCAGUGUAGCGACCUGGAGGUCAUCGUAAUCCUGGAAGGUGUUGUGGAAACCACGGGCAUCACCACUCAGGCUCGCACCUCGUACGUGACCGAGGAGAUCCAGUGGGGCCACCGCUUCUUGCCUAUAGUGACCGAGGAAGAGGGCGUGUACUCGGUGGACUACUCGAAGUUCGGGAACACGGUCAAAGUGGCCACGCCGCAGUGCAGCGCCCGCGAGCUGGACGAGAAGCCCUCCAUCCUGAUCCAGACGCUCCAGAAGAGCGAGCUGUCGCACCAGAACUCCUUGCGCAAGAGGAACUCCAUGCGGCGGAACAACUCCAUGCGCAAGGGCAACUCCAUGCGCCGCAACAAUUCGGCACUCGCCGUGCCCAAAGUGCAGUUCCUCACCCCCGAGGGUGGACCAAAUCUGGCUGUCACAUGACAAAUGGCCUUGCUAGCACUUUUCAUCUGUCUUUCUUUAAGUCCUUGUCAUGCUCUUUUCUAUGUUCUCUUCUGUUCUUUGAUCAUAUAUGAUGUUGCAACGUGAGGCAUUUAUGACACUAUAAUGGAUGGUUUUCUAUAAUUGUUGAUCUUCAAAUAAU